UGUCGGGGGAGAGCUCAGUGUUGCAGACCUGUUUAUAGAGGAGAGACAGAGGAGAGAGCAAGAGUGGGAGGAGAGGGGCAAGACUGCAGAAAUAGAGGAAAUACCUGAGGGAAGACUAAAAAAAAAAGAAGAAAGCCAUCAGUUGAAAUUAGGAGUUAGUAAAGGUUUAGAGGAUAAUUCCACAAUAAAUCCAAGAGUGGGCAAAAGAAAGAAAAAGUUUUUAGAGUUAACUGUGAGUUGUCUCAAACAUGUUCUUUCUACUCUCAUUCUGUUUAUGCGGUCUUCUGAUGCGAGGUGAGGCACAGGACAGAGCUACUCUGUGGAGGGGAAAUGAUCGAGGUGGGCGAUGCCACUACACCUUUACCGUUCCUAGCCCUGUUGAGUCCAGCUGCCCACAAAUUGGAGGUCCGGAGGUGGAAGGACUGAAGGCCAGACUCAACCUGCUGGAGGUCCUGGUGUCCCAGCUGAGUGGAGGGGAUUCUCGGCUCCCAGGGGUUCAACAAGGGUCUGGAGCCAGAGCUCAGUCUGAGCUGCAGGAGGCACUGAACCGGGCCGUUGGAGAGAGGAACCUGCUGCAGAGCGAAAAGGAGCGCCUAGAGAGGGAACUUAAUGGACUUCAGCUUCGAAUGGAGGAGAUGAGGAGGGAGACAGAGAGGCUGAGGAACAAACCCUGUCCUCAACAGACACCCAUGGUCCCACCCAGCCCCACUCUGCAGGACAGGGUCUCAAAAAGACCUGGUAGUGGGUUGAAUCCGAUGUCUCACCUCAUGACCAGACCCAGCAGGCAGGGAGACAGCAGCAAUUUGAGAGAUUCAGCAUGGCAGUAUGGAGCUCCGGGCUUUCAGGAGCUGAAAGCUGCGGUGACAGAGGUACCCGCUCCAGGUGGCAACGAGGACAACACAGGAUGUGGGGAGCUUCUUUCAGUUGGUGAGCCGGUAACUCACAGGAAAGCUGAUAAUAUAGCGGGUAAAUAUGGUAUUUGGAUGCAAGACCCUGAGGCUGUUUCUCCUUACGGACCCAGCAUGCUCUGGCGCAUUGAUGCCAUUGGCGCUGAGGUCAGGCAGAUGUUUGGGUAUGAGGACUUGGAGCAACUCUCUAAAGGCUUCCCAUCCAAGGUCCUGCUUCUGCCGGAGUUGUUAGAGAGCACUGGUGCCACUCUGUAUAGAGGCUCCCUGUAUUAUCAGAGACGCAACAGCCGCACUCUCAUCCGAUACGACCUGGCUUCUGAGAGCAUCGCAGCCCGCCGUGAACUUCCUCACGCUGGCUUCCACGGCCAGUUUCCAUACUCCUGGGGAGGCUACACCGACAUCGACUUGUCUGUGGACGAGAAUGGGCUGUGGGCCGUCUACUCCACCAAUAAGGCCAAGGGAGCAAUCGUUAUCUCACAGCUGGACCCAGAAAGCCUGGGGGUAAAGAAGAGCUGGGAAACCAACAUCAGGAAGAACUCUGUGGCCAACUCUUUCAUCAUCUGCGGCAAGCUAUACACCGUGGCUAGUUAUACAUCUCGUGAAACCACCAUCAACUAUAUGUACGACACCGAAACCAGCCAGGGGAAGAACCUGGCCAUCCCCUUCAAGAACAAGUACGGCUACAACAGCAUGAUCGACUACAGCCUGGCUCAGAGGAAGCUCUUUGGCUGGGACAACUUCCACAUAGUGUCCUAUAACGUCAGGCUUGGGCGCCAGCAGGCCAACUGAGGCCAGCAUGAGAGUGACUGCUGAAAAGUGACAUUUGCUUGGCUGUUCCCGCUUCAAAGACUCACAGCUUUAGAGCAUGAGUGGCAGCAGUUGUUAGAAACCUAACACCUUCAGUAUCCAUGUGUAGAAGAGCCUAACUACCAAACUUAAAAGUGAGAUGAAAACAUCUGAGGAACAGUGUCCCAGGCAGGUCUGCUUUUUUCCUCCGAGGUGAGAGGAGCUUUGGCUGUGGUAUGGUCCACAAACAUGUUUUUAGAGGAAUUAUUUUUGUACCGCCUUUAAUCCAGAUGUAUAAUUUUGUUGUUUUCUUGUUAAGCUAUGUAUAUUUGAGGUUGAAAGAAAAGAACACAGAAUUUUUCUAUGUGGAAUUAAAAAAAUAUGACAAAAACUCCUGUGGUACUACAUACACCCUUUACAGUUGUUUCACCAGUCAACAUCUUUUAUCAAAUAAACUGCUCUCUUACUUACUGAAUAUUGCAUGUACUUGUACAAUGUAGUCAACAUAAUGAUGUAAUGUUCAAAAUCAUCAUGAAAUAAACCUGAAUUACAAAGUC